CACUUGUCUCUCACAGGGUCACACGAGGAAAGAAGUAGAUUCAGCCAUGUCCAGAGAUCGUCCCAUUUUGUUCUGUGUUUUCUUCACACUUAAACCUCUGUUGCUUCUUGGAGUCCCGAGUCACACUCUUGAGGUUUCCAGUUGUCAAACAGAGUAUGGACGAGAGGGAGGAAACAUUGUGCUGUCUCCAGGACCAAUCAAAGAAACAAUCACUAAGGCGCAGUGGAAAUAUAAUGAAAAAUAAAAUUGCAGACUCAAAAGCAGAUAUUACUGGACAUCAGUUUUCUGGCCGAGAGACAAUGGACAAAACAAAUUACAGUUUAACAUUAAAAGAGCUGAAGACCACAGACUCUGGGGAUUUUACUUUUAUCUCACAGGGAACAUCAGGACAAAGACCCACAUACUGCAUCAAACUAGUGGUACAAGAAGUCCUGACGUUGACACCCACUGUGACUGUCAUCAACAUCACCCAAACCACAAACAGCUCCUGUGUAGUUCUGACACAGUGCAGCUCAGAAUUUCACAAAGACGUGAGCUACAGGUGGACAGUGAACAACAGGAACUACAAUGGACCCAUGCUGGAGUACCCUCUUACAUCACAAGAUGGCACCAUUACCGUUAUAUGUACUGUGUCUAAUAUGGUCAGUGAGGUGUCAGAGAGCAAGAGCAUCAACUGCCAAUCAACCAAAGGCAAUGAUACAGUCAAUUCUAAUGGGCCUAUUAUUAUUGCUGGCCUGGUGUGUGCUGUCAUUCUUCUCACCCUGAUAGUCGUCUGUUGGUACAAAAAAACUACAGAAAGAUGCCAGAACAGUGACGCUGAAAAUGACCCGGAGGAUUCACCUGCCGACAAUCAGCAGCAGUUGUAUUCAUCUCUUCUUCACAGUGAUGUUAAUGUCUAUGAACCUAUCAGAGGCUCAAACAGCAAAGAUGCUGAGGAAACAAGCGACUAUGCAAAUGUCAAUAUCUCAUGAUCGGAGUUCAUUCAGUGUCUCUUAUUAUUUGCAUUAUUUUACAUAAGUCUGACCAGUCCAGCUCAUAAGUCACACUCAGAAGACAGAAAUGAACCUGUCCUGAAUAGCUUUAGAAUGAUCUUGAGCUGAAUCAGAACAAUUAUAAGAGCACAUAGACUAGUAUACGCCCAUGGACCACUAUGGAACAUACCUGCAGAACUGAGGGAGUACAGAGAUAUAAGGCCACACAGGAAUAUAAAACAAAAAAACUAUGAUUUAAUGCUCAAAAUUAUGUUCUAUUGUUUAAAGAAAGUGUUUUUUUUAUUUUUUAUUUUUUAUUAUUAAUUCUUAUUUGGUAUUGAGUAUUGACUACCUAUUUCAAGACCAAUAACGACCCUUUAGGGACUCCAUAGAGAAUACAUUGUGAAGCUGACUGAUGAUUUCAAAUAAGCACAAACUUGCUUCUUUUUUCAUAGCUUUUAAUUAUUUUUUUUCUUAUCCCCCCCCUUGUUUUUUGUAUGACUCUCUCAAACAAAAUACCAAGCGUGCUUUGUAUUAAUUAAAUUAGCUCCCCUUUGUUGCAUAAAAUAUAUAUAUAUAUAUGUAUAACAAUAACUGCAAUUCUGUUUCUGUUUUGAUAGUUUUAGCAUAAAGAUGUAUUUUGAUGUGCCACAAAUCCAAAAGGUACAACAUUUGAAAACCAACAAUCCAGUGAAAUAAGCAAAAUAAGCCUGAAAAGUUUAAUCAUUUAAUCUUUCUUGCAUAUUCAAAAAGAGGUGUUUAUAUUGCUAGAAAUGCCUUGAAAUAUGUGCAUUCUUGCUGUAACUAAGUAUGCUUGCCUUUUCACUGAUCUAACAUGCAACUUAAUGCUGCACUGUGAAACAUUUCCAGGUAAAGCAAUAACAUUACCAUGGAGGCAAGCACUGAACUCCUCACCAAGAAAGUUGCAUCGAGUACCUAGUAUUUCUUAGAGCGCUAUAUUACUGCUUCUCUCUGCUACACCAAACUUUAAUCAAAUGUUUAAAGAGUAGCACUGAAUCCACUUUUUCACUAAACUGACUCACUCUCCCCGUUAAUCCUCCAGGUACUGCCCAGUUUAGCAGCUCUAUGGCCUUGUCUAAUUUUUCUUUCCUCGCUUCCUCCUCCUUGAUUCUGCAGGAAAUGGGUGAGGAAGUCCUACCCACAAAGGAGACACAGCGAGGAGAGAGGAUGUAAACUCCUCACUGAGAUCAAUAAAGUUUGAUUCUUUUGUCUGAUGCUGGUCUCCUGAAGCCUCCCUCAGGUUUACUCUUUCAUUCCGCGGUUUUCUUUGGGACACCACUUAAUAUGACACAUUUGAUUGACAGCUGAAUAAUGGAAGAUCGAGGAAAGGAAUCAAGGAGAAGGAAGCGAAGAAAGAGAAAUGAAUCACGGCCUAUUAGAAAUGUGGUUGUGGGCGGAGUUUAUGCGUUUAGUCCCACUUUAAAUAUAUUUGAGGCACAUUUGAGAAGACGACAUUCGAACAUGGUAUUUAUUUCAGUCUUAAAAGUUUAUAACAACUUCUGGAUAACAUAACAUUGAAAACAAAACAAAACAAAAAAAUUAAUACACAUUUUUCAUUAUCGCACCCCAGGUUGACAAAUUCAUAAAAAAAUCACAGGAAAAAAGUAACAUUCUCCCCAGAACCGCUCCAAAUUACAGUACAUCAAGAGCAAAUGUGUGUCUUGUUCAAUGCAUUUCAAUAGGCUCAAAUGUACCAUUUGGCUAUAUUCAAGUGGUAUUGUAAAAGCAGUGGACAUCAAAUUACCCACGUUUCAAAUAGUGAUUUUUAUCCUUUAGCUCAUUCCCCAAUCAUCAGACUAUCUAAAGAUGCAACUCCCAUUAAAAAAAAAAAAAAAUUCAUUAAUUCUACAAUACAAAAUGUUGUUAAAAACAUUUGAAGAUAUUGGCCGUCAGUGCUCAGUAGUAGCUGUAUUUGUGGGUGAAUGCAGUCAUUAAUUAAAAAAAAUAAAAAAUAGUCCCACAGCCAAAUAAAAUCUAUAUACCAUCAUUUAUCUUUGUUUUCAAAUAUAUAUUUAUUAUUAUUAUUAUUAUAUAUAAAAUACUGUUUCAUUCAUAAAAGCCUUUGUACAAUAUGUGUGGAUGUGUGUCAGUGAGUAAAGUAUUAAUUGUAUGGUCAAAAAUAAAAAAAAUACAGACAGCUGAUACCAUUCGCUAACUAUCACGCUAAAAACAAAAGGUGUUUUACACAAUAUACACAUUAUUACUUACAAAAAGGAGAAAAAAGUUAAGACGUAGAAUGUUAGAAAGCGGGCUAUGGCAGAGUUAGUACCAGCAAAUGUGACAAACAAGAAAAUCCAUGGAGAGACAAAAGAUUGAGCAAUAGUUAAAAAAAAAAAAAGCUACUACAAAAACACAUAUUUCGACAUAAGUUACAAUUUGCAAUUCAAAAUAUCAAUGUAUUUUUAUUGUUUGCUUCCUUUGCUACUUUUAUUGUUUUGAAAAUGCUAUAUUCACUAAAAACAACCUAUUGACAUGUUUAGUAAGUUCUAUCGGGUGCUCUGAGCCACCCCCUCCCCUUUGCUCUCCGUGCUAUGUCACUCCCCUUUCAGAGCGCUAAAAUAAUAAUAUUAAAUUGCUGAAACCACCCAAGAACUAGACCACCUAAUUACAGAAAGUAGACUAGGAUUAUUCUGAAUUCAAGUCAUUUUAAUUUAUGUCGAUAUAUUGUUUGCAGCAAGUUUCUAAAGCGAAGCCUGAAGUCAGUGCAUCUCUCAUACCGGAUGUUUGGAAGUUCAAAGUGCCGAUUUGGUAACUGUGGAAACAGUUCACUCCUCAUCAAUUAGGCCCAAAACAAAACAAAAAUAUAAGAAAAAAAUAUAUAGCAGGUAGCAGUUUGUUAAGAAUCACAUUUGUGUUGCACCAACAUGAAAAGUAAAAAAAAAAAAAAGGCUACAAGUAUGUGCAUGUUUCAGUAUUUUAAGAGCACAAUGUGUCUGAAAGCAGUGGUUGGAUAGAGUAAUGAAAUUUAUACUCAAGUAAAAGUACAGUUACAUGACUAAGGGUGCGUUCACACUUGUUGGGUCCUGGUUUGUCCAUGGUAGACCUGGUUUGGCCCGGUUCUUGUCCUGGUGUAGUCCUGAUCUAGUUCAGGAUUAGUUCCAAAAUUAGUCCCAGUUUAGUCCCAGUUUUUAUGUGGUCUAGAUACUAAGUGUGAACGCACCCUAAAAAUCUAAUUAACUACUGUUAUCUAAGUAUUUGUGAUUAUUUUGAAAGCCACUGUUCACUGUAUGUUGGUGACAGUGGAAAUAGGCCUGUCAUGAUAAUUACUACAUGGACUUAUCGUUCAAUAAAUGACUAUAUGGAAUAAUGAUUUUUGAGGGUCGAUAUUAAUUGUGGGAUCUUUGUCUUUUCACAAGUCAGGAAUUCUUUGCUAUUUGAGCUGUGAAGGGAUGAAUAAAUAUCUUCAAA